AAGUUCACGUUAUUUUAGACAGCGUUUGAAGAAGCUUUUAUUUUGAAUAACCCACUUCCGGUGGAAAUAGUAUCUCUACUGUUACUGCAUGUAUCCGUGUUCCACUUCAUUUACUGAAUCAAGAGACAAAUUCAGCAGGUAGGAGAUGGUUCAGCUGCACGUCAAACGAGGAGAUGAGACUCAGUUUCUCUUCAAUACUACAGUGGAUGUCUCGAUUGAGACACUGACCCAGCAGGUCAGCCCCAUCUAUAAUGGAAGAUUAAAAGUGGACAGGAUCUGCUCUGAAAUUCCAGAGCUGGCAGAUCAUGGUGUCUCUCUUCCACCUAAUAUGCAAGGCCUGACCGAUGAUCAGAUCAUGGAGCUCAAACUAAAGGAUGAAUGGGAAGACCGUUGUAUUCCCAGCGGUGGUGCUGAGUUUAAGAAGGAUGAGCUCGGACGUCGAAAUGGACAUGCUCCAAACAAGAAGAUGAAAGAAGUUUUAAGGAAAACAGUGGAGGAAGCCAAAGCUUUAAUCUCAAAAAAACAAGUGGAAGCGAAUGUCUGUGUUACCAUGGAUUUGGUCAAAGAGGCUUUGGACCAGUUGCGAGGAGCUGUGAUGAUAGUUUAUCCAAUGGGGCUGCCUCCACAUGAUCCAAUAAGGAUGGAGUUUGAAAAUCAAGAGGAUCUUACUGGAACACAGGCCUCAUUACUGGUGAUCCCAGAAGAAGAGGCUCAGCUGUGGUGGGCGUCUAAAGAACUGCAGAGGGGCAAAAAGCUGCAGGAUUAUGUUGGGAAAAAUGAGAAAACAAAAAUGAUUGUGAAAAUUCAGAAAAGAGGCCAAGGUGCACCAGCGCGAGAACCACUAGUGAAUGAAGAGGAACAAAAAAAGAUGAUGCUGCAUUAUUACAAGAGGCAGGAAGAACUAAAAAAACUAGAAGAGACAGAUAAUGACUCGUAUCUUCAGUCGGAUUGGUCAGACAGACAGGCCCUAAAAAGACAGUUCCAGGGACUCGCAAAUAUCAAAUGGGGCCCAAGAUAGAUGAACAAAGAAAAUCACAGCUGAUCUACAGUUACUUUCCAUUUGGCAAAUCAGAGAUCUCUAGACUCUACUGCUGCUGUUUUUAUGCAAUUUGGUGCCUUCGUUACAUAUGAAAGGUAUUUAUGUGACUGUUUGUAAAUGCAAAGUAUGAGACAUCAGAUUUCUCUGCUCUGAUUCAUUGGCAGAAGGAUGCAACACCUUUCCUCUCUUUGUCUGUGCUUCUGGCAGUUAUUCAAUUGAAACUUGAUGCUGUUUAAAGACAGGAUGUUGCCUUGCAGCUCUAAGUGAUCUCUGUGGCACCGCAGAGUUCAUUUGGAGAGCGUUGAGAAGGAAUUACAGAACAUUUUGGUAUCCUUAAGGCAAAAGAGAGGUUACAGUAUCGGGAGGUGUGGUUUCACUGGAAAAGUUGAGUGUGAUGUUGUGUAAUAAAAGUACAUUCUGUUUGUUCACUUU